UAAUGCUUUAUCAUUAUAGAUAAGGGCAACCUUGGUGAGCCUUGUUUAUCGUAUUAUGCGAAACAUCGGACUUUAACAAUUAAUUUCUCCUCAGACUAAUAAAAUACGUUAAUGAUAUUGUGAAAUCGCAUGAAUUUAGUAAAAACUGCGCUCAGUCACGAAAACUAUAAUAUCUUAGUGCUGUCUCUGUGUAUUCCUGAACGGAACGCGGCCGUGUCACUCCGUCGCGCUGUCAAAAUAUAAAAAAAAACAUGAUUGAAGAAGCGAAGAAAAAAACUUUUUUGGGAUUUGAUUUCAGCACACAAAGAUUAAAAGCCUUAGUAAUUGGCGAAGAUUACAAUGUGCUUCAUGAAGCUGAUGUGGAGUUUGAUGUGGACUUGCCGGAGUUCAGGACGGCGGGAGGUGUUGUGCGUGGCGAGCGAGGUGAGGUGACGGCACCUCCACUGCUAUGGGUCAAGGCCCUGGACAUGGUGAUGGAUCGGCUGGUGGUGGCCGGAGUGGACUUUUCUACAGUAGAGGCUCUGUCAGGUGCUGCACAGCAACACGGCUCAGUAUGGUGGUCAAAGGACGCGGAGGCCAAGCUCGGCAGCCUCUCUGCCGACGACUUCGUGCACACACAGUUGGCAACAGCGUUCGUGUGCGACUCGCCCGUGUGGAUGGACUCCAGCACCAGCGCCGAUUGCAAGGCGCUGGAGGAGGCUUUGGGAGGGGCUGAGGAGCUAGCCAAAAUCACAGGGUCCCGCGCGUACGAGCGUUUCACAGGACCGCAGAUCCGCAAGGUGUUCCGUACGAAGCCGCGCGUGUACCACGCCGCGGCGCGGAUAUCGCUCGUGUCUUCCUUCGCGUGCUCCCUGUUCCUGGGCAAGAUAGCACCUAUCGACCUCUCCGAUGGCUCCGGGAUGAAUCUCCUCGACAUUCACAAGAUGCAGUGGGAUGAGAGGGCUUUGAAGGCGUGCGGUGACGAGACUCUAGAGAGCAAGCUGGGUGCCCCGGUGCCCACCGCGACGGACCUCGGCGCGAUCUCGCCCUACUACGUGCAGCGGUACGGGUUCAAACCCGAGUGCCGCGUGGUCGCCUUUACCGGAGACAACUGCUCUGCACUCGCAGGUCUCCGCCUCCGUACAGGCUGGGUGGGUCUCAGCCUUGGCACGAGCGAUACUCUAGUUCUAGGUCUGGACGCCCCUGCAGCACCGUUGGCUGGACACGUGCUAGUGGGGCCGACCCCACACGCGCCUUAUAUGGCACUACUCUGCUUCGCGAACGGCUCUCUCACGCGACAGAAUCAUCGUGAUAGACUCGUGGGACCUAGCUGGGAAGCUUUUAAUGAACUGUUGCGGUCUACUGUUAGAGGAAAUAUGGGAUAUCUGGGCGUGUACUUCGACACGGCGGAGAUCGUGCCGCGCCGCGCGGCGGGGCGCUGGGUGGUGCGCGCGGACGGGCGCGCAGUGGACGGAGCGGCGCCGCAGCACGAGGCGCGCGCGCUGCUCGAGGGACAGGCGCUCGCUCGCCGCGCGCACGCACACCACGUGGGCUUGCACAUCGACGAAUCGUCCCGGCUGAUCGCGACGGGCGGCGCGGCCGUCAACAAGGAGCUGCUGCAGAUAUUCGCGGACGUGUUCAACGCACCCGUCUACGUACUGGAGCAGCACGGUAACGCGGCGCUGCUCGGGGCCGCCAUCCGCGCCGCAGACGUGUGGAGCGCCGCCAUCGGACUCAAACUCAUAGGAUCUGAGCCGACCGUAUCGCCCGUGGCGACUCCCUACCCGGACCACGACAAGAUCUACACGCCCAUGUUAGCGCGCUACAGGGAGCUCAUAGAGACCAUUCCCAAACUGGACUAAACGAAACCCUAAAAUUGAUUUUGACAUUCCAAAUAUUUUCCUAAGCUUAAAUGUAUCAUCGUCACAUUUUGUAACUUAUAGUUUUCCGUUAUUUGGUAGUUACUUCCUGCGACUAAGACAGACAAAAACAAACACACAUCAUGUAUUUAUCUCCGAAAGGGGGGGGGGUACCCAGAGGCGCAACCAGAGUCCCCACUUUUCGCAAGCCUAUCGCCAUAUUGGGCACAGAUUUCAGACUCCGGGCUGAUAUUGAGCAAAACAACCCAAAUAAGAUACACUAAAAUUACUAAAUAAAAAAACUUUACAUCUCCUCUUACUUGCUACAGGAAGUGAUUACCAAAUAUAUGAUAAGAUAUAAAAAAUAUUAGAAACGCGAUUAUCUUUCGACAUAUCAAUUUAUAAACGCAUUGCUGAAUUUGGUUACUGAGUUGACAUGUUUCCUAAUAGGCGAAAUGUACGACAUAAUAUCACGAGCAAAUAUUUUUCACGACUGAAAAUUUAUAUUUAAUAUAUGACUAUUUAAAUUUCCAUGAUUGACAUAUCAAAUCGUUGCCUUUACUAACAAAAUUUUAGAAGAUUUUACUUGUUAUUAAGCAUACUUGUUUUAGCUAGUCUAAGUAAUGUAUGUUGCAAACUAAGCAGUAAUUGGCGCAAGUAAUCGCUCAGUGUAGAAAAUUCGCAUGAACCACUCUCUUCUAGGCAAUUUUGUGGAUCAAUGGAAUUUCAUUGUAUUAUUUUUAUUAAAAGAAUAAUGAAUUUUUAUGAUCCUAAAAGUGGCAAUACUUAUUUUGGGUAAUAUUUAAAGCUUUCGAUCUUUCUGAGAACAGAACAUUAAAAAAUAUUUAUAAAACAAGUCUGUUUUGUACUAUAAGAUAGUAGUGGAAGUGGAUAGUAGUUUUUAGCGCCAGUUACUGUCAUAAGAGUUAAUAUAAAGCUUACAAGUGCCUUUAACGGUCUGAUAGGAAACUAAUGAAUUUCGACUAUUUACACAUUCCAUUAGCAUUUACUAUAUUAUAAUUGUUUUUAUUGUUAUCUAUAUUAUGCCGUUUAUACACUGCGUUAGUAUCAUAAUGCUUACAGGUUUGUUUCAUAAACACCUAGAAAAUAGUCACAGAAAUUAAGAUGAUUUGUAAUCUUUAUGAUAAUUUAGAUUUCCUAUAGGUUACACAUAUCGUAUCGUAUAGUAAAUUAAUAAAUCCAUAUCUACGACCGUAAUCAUGUGAAGAAUUCAAGAUAUAAUCAUACUUAUCGAAUUCUUUGUUAGUUCCGAUACCUCGUGGAAUCUACGCAGUUUGUAAACGGUUCCUAAGAAUCUAAAUGUUGUGAACACUCGUUUUGAUGUUUUUAUUUAUAUUUUAUACGACACGCUGUGGUGCUUAUAGAUACGUAACUAAUGUGCAAUUUAUACAUUCCUGUUUUUGUGUUUUUCACGACCUGUGUAUUUAGUUUUAAAUUUCAGAUUGUUAAGGCUUAUUUACCAACAACCGAUUACACAGAAAGUGACCGAUAUAUGACAAAUAUUGGGUCAGCCCUUGUAAUGAAACGUGUUUGCUGUUUGAAGACCGGUGACCUAAGUUUUGUAUAUCUGUGUGGAAUGAGUAAAAUUUUAAGUUGUACAUGUUGAUGUUAAGUAAGAUAUGUCAACUUAAAAUAUUCGUCCAAAUGUAUUUUCCAAUUUGACUUACUACUAGCAUAGUGUAAAUAAGCCUUUAUAAAUUUUAUUUAUGAUUAUUUUUUUAUACUAUGGAUACAUGUUAUAUUAUUUAUGUUUUAAAUUGAGUGAUUUUAUAAACUUGGAAAUUAUAUGAAGAUCUGAAUUUGAUUGUAUAAUUUUAAUUGUCUUUUAUAUUUUUAUAAUUCGUUUAUUAUUGCUAUAAUAUAUCCAAGACAUUAUAUUUAUUCAACUAUAUUUUAAAUAACAGAAGAGAUAUAUAAAAUCGUAGAUUGUGUAGAGUGUAAACAUUUCAUGACUCCAUGUUUAUGAGCUUCCACAUUAGAUUUCAAAGAUAGAUUAAUAAUGUACAUGUGUUUUAAUCACUUGCUAUUCGAGAAUUUGUCUAAACUUAUUUGUAUGCGUGUUUCAUAAUUUUCCUGAAUUAAUUUCCUUUGUGCCUACAUUGCGGAAUAGGCACUCUAGUCUAAUAUGUUUUGUAUUUAUUAUAAUACAUGGGUCGGGAUAGUAUAUUAUAAUAACAAUCAUGCAGCUUUGUUACUAUUUUUACAUGUUUUUAAUAAAUGUUUACUAAAAGAA